GCUUGCUCUCGUGCUCUCUCGAAGAGUGAACAACAGUCGAACAGUCGCGUGCCUCGUAUGUGUGGAUAGUCGUGCGUUGUGAGCGCGUGUGCGAUUCUAAACCAAAGAUCGAAGAAGAAUUGUUCCGUGCUGACGAAAUAUAAGAGCGUGAAGAAUCGUCACGCAGUUUCGCGAUAAACGAAAUAUCGUUGAUAUCAAGUGUAAUUGUAGGGGUAAAGAGUGUGUUUCAUAUUAUUAUUUUUCGCUCCCUUGUGUGCUCGCGACAGCGCUAAUAAGUGUCAAGAGGGAGAGAGUGAGACGAAGAUAGAAGCACCUACCCGCAUUAACACAUGACAAUGGGUUUGACAAAAUUUUGAGUUUCCUUCCCUGCCUGAAAGGCGGACGAUGCAAUCAAUUUAUUGGACUGGCAGGCUUCUGUCACGAGCGCUAUGGAACGGUUUGUCUUCCCAGAGCCGCGCGAAUAAUGCAUCGUGCACCGAUCCGGAAACGAGCAAACAUUGCGGCGCAUCUUUCGUAUCGGCGGUUUGUGGAUUUCCCAAGGAUUUCAAUCGGGGAAGAAUACGCAAAGGACAAUUUGGCGAUGACGCCUGGUUCGCUGCCAAAUUCAAGGCCGUCGAAGUUAUCGGUGUGGCUGACGGCGUAGGUGGUUGGCGACACUAUGGAAUCGAUCCCGGAGAGUUUUCCAGUUUUUUAAUGAGAACUUGUGAAAGACUAGUCUCAAUGGGCAGGUUUGUGCCCUCCGAACCAGCUGGCCUCCUGGCACGAAGUUACUAUGAACUAUUAGAAAAUAAGCAGCCGAUAUUAGGUAGCAGUACCGCAUGUGUUAUCGUUUUGAAUAAAGAAACGAGCAGCAUCUAUGCGGCAAACAUCGGGGACAGUGGUUUUGUUGUUGUAAGAAAGGGCGAAGUUGUGCAUCGGUCAUCAGAACAACAACACUAUUUUAACACACCUUUUCAAUUGUCAUUGCCACCACCAGGCCAUUCCGGCUUGGUACUUAGCGACAGUCCAGAAUCGGCGGACACAUCCAGUUUCGGGGUCGAGGAUGGUGACGUAAUACUUCUCGCGACUGAUGGUGUAUUCGACAAUGUGCCUGACCAAUUGCUAGUCACGGAAAUGCAAAAAAUCGAGGGCGAGCGUGAUCCGACAAAAAUUCAGGGCGUAGCUAAUUCAAUAGCCUGGAUGGCGAGAAGUCUCGCAUUCGAUGGGUCUUUUAUGUCGCCAUUUGCGCAGAGUGCCAGGCAAAAUGGCAUAGAUGCCAUAGGUGGUAAACCGGAUGACAUAACGGUGCUGUUAGCGACAGUUGCGAUGUAACAAACGAGUGACGAACGCGACAGAAGAGAAAAACGAUGCUGAAUGUAUAAUAGGCUCCUCCCCCCUUGUUCUCCACCCCUUCCCCAAUCAUUGUAUUAUAGUUCAUGUUUCAUUGCAUAUAUAUAUGUACGUAGUUACGCAUCUCAGUAUCCCCGAAAUAACGAUGAUUGUAACGAGCGUUGAGGAAAAAAAUCGGUUUCGAGAGAAGAGCCCAACCAACGAUUUUGUGAAUCGAUUCGUCGAUAUUUUAAAGACGAACAAAUGCCGCUUUGUGGUAAUAUACACUAGUAAAAAAUAA